GUUUGUAAAUUCGUUUCGUACAUUAUUUACGAAGAGUUACUGCAAUGUCUAAGAAGACUAAUUGUAACAAAAUGUUGAUUCAUCAAUUAUCAUCUGUCCUACCUGAUGAUAGGCCAAUCACAGCCAUAAGUGUUGUUGAAGAUAUAGAUAAGUGUCCACCAAAUUUUACAGUGGUAUCUAGAACAUACGAUCAAGACACGGAUGCAGAUUUGUGGAGAGAAAGUGGACUGUUUAUUAAAAAGAAAGGCAGAUACAUAUGUUUUUCAAAGACUGAAGGAUUGCCUCAUUGCAUAGUUGAAGAUGUAGUAGUCGUUAAUGAGCGAGAUUCUCCUCCUGAGGGAUACAUCACGAUUUCAUAUACUGUAGAUUCAAUGCAGAAGGCAUGGAGAAAGAAACAGUUGUGCUAUAAAAUUAGAAAUAAAGAAUUAUGCUCGAAAGCAGUUACGGAUAUUAUUAUAUGUAAUAGGGAUAUGCAUAAGGUAUAUACAUCUAAGAUGGCUCCAAAUGGUUUUGUAGCUGCUGGUGUCAUAAACGGAGUUUGUGUUUGCUACAAAACUGUGGACAUUGCAAACGGGAAUUCUAGCUCACAAUCAUACGUUAACAUAGAUUUACUUCAAAAUGCAUCUCCAAAUCCAUCAAAUGGAACGCUUCGUAAAAUACCUCCUGAAAGGCCACCAAAACCAACAAAUGGAAUUUAUCCACAAAUUGGAGGAAAUGCGGGAAAGGACGUAGACGAGUCUAGCGAUAGGGAUCACAAAAUUUUAAGCCCUAGUGCAAGAAUCAAGCCCACAAGACCUGCCCCACAACCACCAGCAGUAUUGGUUGCAGGUUCCACAUCAAUUUAUGGUACACUGCCAGGGUCUUCAGAUUUAGAUGGAGUUCCAUUUGUUCUUAAUCCACGUCUUACUGUUCAUUCUGAUUCCUCUACUAAUAAACUUCCUGUGAUCAAAGUCUGGACUCAGAAAGAUUUGGACAAGGAGUUCUUUCACGAUUUCCGUGCGGAAAGAGAAACUUGAAGAAGCCACUGUGCCAAACUAAUUGUGUGACUCAUCAUACAAUUUCCCCGCUAUAUUUAUACAUCUGUAUUGAUUAUAGCACUAGCCAAGCGUAAUAGAGUGCCUGAACGAGUGAUUACUAACCUGCAAAAAUGCAUAUCCUUUUAAUAUGUAUCGGUGAGAUGAUCUUCGAAUUUCAUAAUGUCCGUCUUCUGAUAUAUUUUUUUUCUUCCAUGUCCUAUUUAGAUUUUGA